GCCGAGGAGACGCGCUGGCGCUUCCAUCCGUUCAGCCGGCUGCGGAGCGUGCUCAGAUGUAGCAGAAGGCAGCGGCAACCGCAGAAAGAGGUUUCGUCCCCCCUGCUGGAUGGCACGGCAGUGUCCGUCGCUCCCGGUGAGGCUGCCGCGCCAAGCAGCCCUCCGACCCGGCCGAAGGAGUCGAGCCUCCUCUCCACGCUCCGCGUCCCUGAAGCUCUUGAGCGACUAGCAGCAGGGAG